ACCAACUCACAGCAUACACAUCCAAACAUGAAUUGGUAUUUGUCACCUCGUUCGAUUCCAAGUGGCAAUUUCAUCCACAUCCAAACAACAGAUUUGGUAUUGUAACACAUUUCCAAUAUGAGUCUGCUUUGAGCCCUCCAAUAUCUAUAUCCAAACAGACUCUACGUGUUUUACUCUUCAGAGAAAUUGAUGACCUGACGUCCUAACCUUUGUCCUUCUCUUUGGAGAAAGACCAUAUAUUGUGGAGGCGAUCCUCCGCGUCUGGUGCCGUUUGUCUGUAAUAAGUCAGGACUGCAGAAAGAAAAGAAAAUCUCCAUUUGGGGACACUCUUUCUUUUUCAGGAAAAUACCAGCAGGUGGACGAGAGGAGGACAGAAAGGAUACUGGGUCAGUCAAGUCAACUCCAGUGGUCUAAGUCACCUACCAGCUGAGAAAGGCUGGAAGCUGGACUCCAUAUGAGUUGGUACUGCAAUGGAGAAGGUAGGGAAAUGGGCUUUUCAUCAUGUGAAAACAGAAGUCGUGUUUGAUCAAGUCUCUCAUCAAUUUGAUUAAAACCAGAAAAAGGGAGGAAACUAAGGAACUAAUGAUGGUGAUGGCUCACUAAGCAUAGGCUCCAAAGUCAAGAGCUGAGGCGUGGUACUGGCAGUAAGGAAAAGCCAAUCAGAACAACCAGGCCUUCGUGAUCAUCAUGGUAUUAGACGAAACACUGUUUUUGUCUUACAAAGGUUGAUGUGGAACACGUUCGCAAAAUCUUUUGCCCGUCUUCCAAGAUAUUUCCAACACGUGUGAAAGGCUUAGUCAAACAAAAGAAUGAAGACCAUGCACCACCUGAAAGGGAGAGACUACAUUAUAUAACUCCUCUCAGCUUUGUUUGAUCCCCAAACCACCUUGCAACCGUGUUAUUUCCCAAAAUGGAGACGAUCAUCUCCGUCGUCAUGGGUGAACUUGUUACUAGAUCAAUCUCCUUCUUGAUUGACAGAUACUUGAAGCCUGCAGCAUCAUCGAAGGGGAAGAACAGAGAGAGGUUGCAAUGGAUGCUUAUGCGUGUUCGUGUCACUGUCGAGGAGGCAGAGGUGAGGCGCAUCACAAACGAAGCAAUGCUUCAGCAACUGAAAAUGCUAAAAGAAGUGAUGUACCGAGGUUUCUACAUGCUAGACACCUUCAUACUGCAAGCCCAAGAAGAAGAGAAGGGCAGUGACCAUGGUGCGAGCCGCUCCUUAUCCUUGUCUAAAUUCAGUCCUGCUAAGCGUGUUCGUUUCUCUUGCAGAAGUAAAUCUGACAUAAACACGAUAGAAGAUACGCUUGAAUGUGUAGAGAUGGCCAUUGCCAGUAUGAGUGAGUUUGUUAUUUUCCUGAGAAACUACCCUCCUAUGUUUCGCCAGCCAUAUAGCGCAUAUCUGUUUAUUGAAAACUGCAUGUUUGGUCGCCAAGUGGAGAUGGAACGGGUCAUUAACUUCUUGCUGCAUGAAGGACCUCCUGUUGAUGGAAAAAUUGGCGUCCUACCAAUUGUUGGUCCAGGAAAAGUUGGAAAAACUACUCUUGUUGAGCAUGUUUGCCGCGACGAAAGGGUGCAUAAUCACUUUUUUCGUAUUAUUCUCUUAAACGAUUAUGAUUUCAGAGAAGAACGGCAGUGUUCCUUAAGAGAUCAAGGCAGAAUCAAAUAUCAAAAUGAUCACUCAAAUGAAGAAAUAUUUCUGGUUAUUGUUGAAUUAGUUGGGACUGUGGAUGAGAGUGCAUGGAGAAGAUUGCACUCUGCUUAUCAAAGUAGUGUUUCAACCCGCAGUAAAAUUAUAGUCACAAGCCGGUCAAAGGAUAUCAUAAACUUUGGAACAAUGCAAGCUCUUAGCUUGAACUUUUUGUCACAAGAAGCAUAUCGGUACUCCUUCAAGGCACUUCUAUUUGGAAGUGCAGACCCUGAAGAGCAACCAAAGUUAGCAUCCAUAGCAGUGACAAUACUUGAUGAGUACUUUGACCAAGGCAUAUAUACACCGUUCGCUGGGCCUUUCAUAAAUUUAAACAACUUAGCUAAACUGUUAAAGGCUAUUCCUGGUGCUCAUAAUUGGCAGAAGGUUCUUGAAUGCAUCAGCGAGAACAGGCGGCAAAAUGAAAUUUUAUCUAGAAGAAGCCUAAGUGAUUUUGGAAUGGAAAAUGAUUGUAUAUUUCUUCGCAGAGUAACUGAAACUAUUCAAUAUUGUGUUGUUCAUAACCAAUAUCGGAUAGGGCUUGACGGUGAAGAGGUUCCCAACAUAACUAUGACAGAUAUUGCUUCUAUGAAGUUUCCGCCUCGUGGAAAAUUUGAGGUACUACUUUGGAAAUCCCACUUGCCACCAUAUCACAAACAUAUACAUAGUUGCGAGAUUUUUGAGUUUGAGGGCUAUGUUAUCAGGGAUAAGGAGGGUCGGAAGAGGAAAAAUCUGAGUUAGUUCUACUACUGGAUAACACUCUGUACAUGUGAAUCAAUCAUAAUGUGAUUCAUGUUUUUCUCUCAAAUGUAGGUACUGUACUGUAGGGUGUAAUUGUAGGUUAUAAGUGUGCAUUUUUUUCUACUUCCUUACCUACCUUUGUUAAGAUAAUGGAAUGACUGAUUCAAUAGUUUUUGUUAAGUUUACC